AUGCCCACAGUAAAAGAGGGGGACAUCAAGGACAAGAAGCUCAUCGAGAUGGAUCGUCCAGAACCACACACAGUGUAUAAAGCGGAGGUCGAAGGGUUCGGUAAAGUGUUCUAUAAGGAGGCAUUCGCAGGGAACGGACCAGAGGAUCAAUAUGAACUUCUGGGGAACGAGGUGGAGUCCUACAGGAUGACAGUAGGCAAAUCUGUUGGUCCGGAGUUCCUGGCCAUUAUUGUGGACGACAAAAAGAAGCCGGUUGGUUUCCUCGCUAAGUUGAUCAAGGGCGCCUCCGAACCAGGCAGAGGCGACUUGGACAAAUGCGUGGAAAAGCUGGAAGCUUUCCACGAAGCGGGCCUCCUCUAUGGAAACGACCUCAAAAGAGAUCAGUUCGUCAAGGAUAAGGAUGGGGACAUCUGGCUCAUCGACUACGAGUACGCACAGGCAUCGAAUGAUAAAGCACAGAUGAAAAGGGAGGUUGCAAAACUUAGAAAGGUUUUCUAA